AUGUUAGAGGGUUUAGUUGCCAAUCUGCUCAACCGCUUCCUGGGCAUCUAUGUCAAGAACUUCGACGCUAAGCAGCUUAACAUUGGUAUCUGGUCUGGCGAUGUCAAACUGCGGAAUCUGGAACUACGCCGCGAGGCCCUCGAUCAAUUACACCUGCCUCUGAACGUCGUCGAAGGUCACCUGGGCGAACUCACACUGUCGAUCCCCUGGUCGAAUUUGAGAGGGAAACCGGUUAGAGUCGAUAUCGAAGACGUGUUUCUCCUCGCCGCCCCCAAGGAAGAUGCCGACUACGAUGCUGAGGAAGAGGAACGGAGGGCACAUGCUCUCAAGAUGGAGAAGAUCGAGAGUGCGGAGAUUAUCAAAGAACGGAACUCUGAAGGAAUGAGUCAGGAAGAACAGCGCCGGAACCAGAGCUUCACCCAGAGUAUGAUCACAGCUGUUGUCGACAACCUGCAGAUCUCGAUCAAGAACGUCCAUUUCCGCUACGAAGACUCGGUUGCUUCCCCCGGUCACCCGUUUUCCGUCGGAAUAACCCUAAAGGAACUCAGCGCGGUCAGCACGGACGCGGAAUGGAACCCCACCUUCAUCCAGUCGACAUCUAGCACCACCCAUAAGCUAGCUGUCUUGGGUGCCUUGUCAGUCUACUGGAACACUGACUCAGAGCUCCUAGGCACUGGCCGAGGCUCUGAUGUCGGCGCUGAAGCGCAGGGAUCGAGUCAUGCGGAGCUGAUGCAAAAGCUCAAGGAUGCCAUUGACAAUGACGAGGCCAACCAAUUCAUGCUUCGUCCGGUCAGCGGACGCGCUGGGUUGGAAUUGGACAAAUCUGGAAAACACGACAGACCCGCAAUCAAGACCCGACUUCUAUUCGAUGAGCUUGGUUUCGUCUUGGACGAUCACCAGUACCGAGAUGCACUGAUGCUUGUGGACCUCUUCCAUUACUACAUUCGCCACCAAGAAUACAAGAAGUACCAGCCCAAGUGCCGUCCAAAGGAGGACCCUCGAGCCUGGCUGAAAUUUGCUGGCAAUGCUGUGCUAAGCAAGAUUCACGAGCGAAAUCGGAGAUGGUCUUGGGACUACAUAAAAGAACGGAGGGACGACAGAAUAUCCUAUAUUCAGGUGUUCAAGAAGAAAAAGCGCGAUGAACCUCUAUCUCUAGAUGAAUCCACAGAGUUAGAUCGUCUGGAAUCGAAGUACAGCUACGAAGACCUUCGGUUCUGGCGAUCAUUGGCAAGAAACCAACUGCGAAAGGAGAACGUUGGUGUCAAGAAGCCUGCUCAACAGCAAACGUGGGGUGAGUGGUUCUGGGGUACGAAGCAAGAGGAAUCAGAGGAUGCCUCCAUGACAGAGGAGCAGCGACAGGAGCUUUACAACGCCAUCGACUGGGACGAGAAAAAAGCCAUUGCCGAGAGCGUGGACGUGCCAAGGGAAUGGGUCAAGUUCCAAGUCCAUUCGGGCCUGAGGGCAGGAAGUUUCACGUUGAAACGUGACCCUCAUGGAAAGGCAAAUGAAAUUAUGAAGUUGGUGUUUGAUGAAUUCCGGGCCAACGCUCUACAACGUCCUGACUCGUUCUUCGUGGAUGUCGGACUGGGAGGCCUGAGGGUAUAUGACGGAACAACCGAAGGCAGUCUUUACCCCCAGAUUGUCAAGGUCAAAGACUCCGUCCCAGAAUCGAACAGUGGACCGCGUAUCACCGAUAACGAUGAACUGGCCUCUGAGGAGAGCGCAGAUGGCACUGAAGACGAAGAAAGCCUGUUCCGCUUCCAGCUUGAGAAGAACCCUCUUGAGAGCGACGCCGAUUCCAUAGUGAAGGUCAAGCUAAGGAGUAUAGAGGUCAUCUAUAACCCCACAUUUCUUGUUGAGGUUGUCAAAUUCUUCGAACCCCCCGAACGUCACAUGGAAUCGAUUGGAGCUAUUUUGGACAGCGCAGGAGCCACAGUGCAAGAAAUCCGGCAGCAAACUCGAGCUGGACUUGAGUUUGCUUUGGAGGAGCAUAAGAAGGUUGACGUCCAUUUUGAUAUCAACGCACCUCUGAUUAUUGUCCCGGAAAGCAUCACCCAGGAGAGUUCUCUUUGCUUGAUCCUCGAUGCCGGUCAUAUCAGUGUCAACAGCGAGCUGGUAGAUCGGGAAACAAUGCGAGAUCUCCAAGCCAAACAGAAGCGUCAAUAUGAUGAGGGAGACUACAAAGAGCUCGAACAUUUGCUAUACGACAGGUUCUUGCUCAAGCUCGAUUCGACUCAGGUCUUGAUUGGCCCUGGCAUCGACGCUACGAAGUCGCAGCUCGAUUCCGGCGACACUUCCAUGAACCUGCACAUCAUUGAUCGGAUAAACGUUGAUUUCGUUAUCGAACUGUGUAUCGUGCCCAAGGUCACCGAACUGACCAGAACUCGAAUUUCUGGACACCUUCCGGAAUUGCACGCAUCUAUCUCUGACGCCAAGUACAAGAGCCUGAUGAAACUGAUUGAUAUUGCCAUCCCACGCUUCGACGAGGACGAACAAAGUGAUGCGUCCAAGCAAAAGAAAAAGGAGGAGAAACCUUUGUCUGGCAACCGAGCACGAUCGUCCUCUCUCCAAGCAUCCAACCGGCAGCUGCCGGUUGUAGACGAGGAUUCUGAUGCCGAGUCCAAAGAGGAGAAGAAGCCCAGUAAGGGCUUGGACAGGCCUUCCAACAUCCAUCGCCGUGACUUUGAAUUGAAGUUCACCGUUGGUCGUCUUCGUGGCUCCAUGUUCCGAUCAGAUGCACACGACUCACAACGUGACCGUCUUCUAAUCGAACUGGUCGCUGAAGGGUUUGAAUUGGACUUCUACAUGCGUCCGUAUGAUAUGGUUGCGGAAGUAAUUCUGAAGUCCCUUAGUGUCGAUGACCACAUCGAACAAAACGUUCCAGAGUUCAAAAGGAUCAUCUCCUCCAAGGGCUUCAAUGCAGAUGAGGACAAAGAUCUCUUCCAGUUGAAAUUUGUCCGUGUCAAGCCGGAAUCCCCCGAAUUUGAAUCAACGUACGAAGGCGUAGCGAUGAACCUGGACAUGUCCGUCUCCACUAUAAACCUCGUGGUCACUAGGAGAACGCUCCUGACUCUUCUUGACUUUGUCCUGCUCACUUUUACAAAUCCCGAACAACCCAGUAAUCAAGAUACGCAGAAGGACCGAGCGGUACAAAGUGAUGCCGAAGUCGCUCAGAAGCGACAACAAGCUGGGAAGAUUCGCAUCAAGGCAGACUUGAAGAGUGUCGCUCUUAUCCUCAACAACGAUGGUGUCAGGCUUGCUACUUUGAGUCUGAAUACUGCUGAUGUUGGAGUCUUCCUCGUGGGCCGUGCGAUGCUCAUCCAGUCCCGCAUUGGAAGCUUGACCCUGGUAGAUGAUAUGAACACAGGAGCCCCGGAGGAUUCUGACAUCCGGAGGCUUUUGACUAUCGAGGGCGAAAACUUUGCGGAUUUCAAAUACGAGACUUUCGACCCCGAGGGUGCGGACUACCCUGGUUAUGAUUCGGAAGUAUUCCUGCGGUCUGGUUCGAUCAAGAUCAAUUUCCUGGAGGAUCCAUACCGCAAGAUCAUCAACUUUUUGGUCAAGUUUGGCAAGAUGCAGGCUAUCUUUAAUGCCGCUCGUCAGGCUGCGGCCAACCAAGCCAACCAAAUGCAGCAGAAUGCCUCGCGUAUGAGAUUCGACGUCGUGGUGAAGACUCCGAUUGUGGUCUUCCCAAGAGCCAUGGUGAAAGAGAACCGUCCGCAGGAUACGAUCACUGCGCAUCUUGGAGAAAUCUACGCCAAGAACACCUUUAUUCCUCUAGAUGACGAAAAGGAAGAUAGCCCUGCUGUCAACGUGAUCUCCAGUGGCAUCCGCAAUAUCCGCCUGACUUCCAAAUUCAACUUCGACGACGGAGCAGUGGAAGAGCUUGAGAUGAUCCAGAAGGUGAAUCUCGACUUUAGCAUAUGCUAUCUCGAGCAUCAGCCGGACAACCCCCGCCCGGAUAUGGAAAUUGAGGGUACUAUGUCUCCCAUCAAUCUGCGCAUCUCGCAAAAUCAGUUCAAAUUCCUGAUGGAACUUUCGAAAACGGUCCCUGCUGCCUUCGCGACGGACGUCGAACAGCAAGAGCUUGAGGCGAUGGAGGCUCUUCCUUCGUCGGUGAAGAAGGAAGAGACUUCAAAGGCUUUGCAGAACGUCAAGAGUUCUGAAGAUACGGGAAAGCAGAGCGAGCCCAGCUCGGAAACAUGGGUGCGACUCGACAUGGUCUUCAAGGUGGACAGUGUUGGCUUGGAACUCAUCCUUGGGAAGGACGACGAGCCGAUCGGGAGCUUAGAGGAUUCCAGCUUGUCGAAAUUCGCUCUUAAUGAUACUCGAGUUCAGCUACGGAUGCUGAAUGAUGGAUCAUUGGAAUCCGAACUCCUGAUUCACUCCCUUUCGAUUCGCGAUAACCGCAACAACGACUCGAACAAGUUCAGGAAGAUCAUGUCAUUGAUCAACAAUGACGUCCAACAGCAAUUCAUGGCGAGCCUCUCCAUGUCUCCAGGGCCGGACAAGCAUGUCAUCGCAAUGUUGACGAUCGAUAGCCCUCGUAUAAUUCUUGCUCUCGACUAUCUUUUUGCGCUGCAGUCCUUCGCCAAUUCAGCAUUUGCGACUGAACAGCCUGUUGUGGAAGAGGAUGGUGAAGAGUCCCCAGACGAGUCAACUCCCCGAUCCAGCGUCGGUGACAGCGCAUACAACGACAGAUCCGCCAUUGUGUCAUCGAGUGGAAACAACAAUCCACCAGCCCCGGCCGGGCAGACGACCGUCUCGUUCAGAGUGAACCUCGUUGAUGCUCAGGUGAUCAUGCUUGCAAACCCUGCCAUCAACCAUACCGAAGCUAUUGUCCUCGGCACAAAGCAAGUGCUCUUUUCGCACCAGAACGUCUCUACAUUGCAAAUCACCAAGGUUGGGAUGUUCCUCUGCCGUAUGGACAAGUUUGAAACGAGCAGGCUUCGGAUUCUGGACGAUUUCACACUUGAGUUGUCUAUGGAUAGUCGUGCUCAGGAGCGAGGCUCGUCUCUUACUUCCAUUGAUGUCCACCUUGAGCCCUUGGUUCUCCGUCUCUCGCUCCGUGAUAUUCUGAUGGCCACUCAGAUUGUGAACAAGGCUUCUGAGAUGACCGCCAAACCUUCGCAGGAGGUUGAAGGCAACCAAACGAAGAAGAUCUUGGACAGCAAAGGCGGCAGGCCAAGAAGGAGAUCGGCUGGCAAGUCAGCUUCUACCGCUACCACCAGGACACGGCGAGAGGGCAGUGAACCCGGUUACUCGUCGUCAGAUCGCAGAAUUGUCCCGCAACGCUCCGCUAUUCUGAAGCGAGAAGAGUUGAAGGCGCAGAUUGAUGGUGUUAGAGUCAUUCUUAUUGGUGACUUGCACGAUCUGCCGUUGCUCGACUGGAGUGUCAAGAAGUUCUCUAUUGACAUUCGUGACUGGUCAUCCGCGUUGAAUGCCGACACAAGCUUCGACACCUUUGUUAACAUCUACAAUUUCUCCAAGUCGGCAUGGGAGCCUCUCUUUGAGCCAUGGCAGUUGGGCUUCCACAUGGCGAGAGAAGUAGAGCCCGAAGUUCUCUCCCUCGACGUUUACUCUCACAAGACGAUGGAACUUACCAUUACUUCUGCUACAAUCGCUUUGGCGUCCAAGUCGUUCCAGAUGCUUAACACUGAUGAGGAUGUUCUGUCGAAACCGAGAGGAGCUGACGCACCGUACCGAAUCCGCAACUACACUGGUUUCGAUCUCCGCGUUUGGGCUGAUGUCAGCGCUGACGAAGAUGGACCAGCGGCUAAGCUUGUCGAUGGCGAGGAAUACCCUUGGCGAUUCGAAGACUCGACCGCGGUUCGUGAGACCUUGGCUCCUGAAGGUCAUGCCGGUCUUGUGGGCGUCAAGCUCGAGGGCAGUGGCUUCGAGAGCGUGGGUCGCAUCCCUGUCGUGCGUGAAGGCGAAAUUCUGUACAGCUUGAAGCCCAAGAAAGAUAAUAUCCUCCAUAGACUUCUCGUUGAAGUCAAACUGGGUGCCGACAAUGUCAAGUACAUCACUUUCCGCUCGCCGCUUCUUAUAGAGAACAACACGCAGAUCCCUGUCGAGUUGGGCAUCUACAACCCGAACGACGGCCACCUGCUAAAGAUCGAGAAGAUUCUUCCUGGAGACGCUCGCCCUGCGCCUGUUGGAGCAGCAUAUAUGCAUUCCGUCGUGGUUCGUCCCGACCAAGGUUUCGGAUAUGACUGGUCAAAUGAGCAGCUGUACUGGAAGGAUCUCUUGAAACGGCCGACGCGGACAAUCAAGUGUCUCAGCGAAAAUGGACAACAGUCUCCUCCAUUCUAUUUCCAGAUGCACGCCGCUUUCGAUUCGAAGGACUCUUUGACAAGCGCCUAUCCUUACAUGCGGGUUAGGAUCUUUGCUCCCAUUGAGAUCCAGAACUUGCUCCCAUACGACUUCAAGUAUCGCAUCUAUGACAAGGACACCAAGAAAGACUGGACGAACUUUUUGCGCAAGGGUGGCGUUAGCCCAGUCCAUGUUGUCGAGCUUUCCCAUCUGCUGCUGCUCAGCAUUGACCUCCAGGACACUGUCUUCAAGCAAAGUGAAUUCGCCAUUAUUAACGGAAAUGCCCAGGACUUCCGGAGAGAGCACACGCUACCACUGAAAGACGACCGAGGCAUCCAGCUGAUGUUGAAACUUCACUACUUCAACGUGCCGGAUAGCGGAGGUGCCUUCAAGGUUUCGAUCUACAGUCCAUACCUGAUCCUGAACAAGACUGGUCUUCCCAUGGAGAUCCAGAGCAAGGCGUUCAUGCAGUCAGCACGGUCAGCAGCUGGACAGGGCUUGAGGGCUGACGCGAGACAUGGCGGCCGUACGCUUCCGUACAUGUACUCUUACCCGACUGAUGACCAGAAGAACCGGUCGAUGAUCAAGAUCGGCGAAUCCGCCUGGUGCAAGCCCCAAAGUUUCGAAGCUAUUGGAAGCACUUUCGAAGUGAUGUUACCGGACCGGGCUGGUCGCUCAGAGUUCCACUCGGGUGUGUCUGUCGCUGAAGGCGAAGGCAAAUACAAGAUGACCAAGGUCGUCACCAUUUCACCUCGUUUCAUCAUGAAAAACAAGCUAAGCGAGGACAUUAUGGUUCGUGAGCCUGGCUCGCCCAACGUUUUGACCAUACAGAGUGGCGAGCUUCUCCCUCUUCACUUCCUGCGCCAGGUUGCGGAGAAACAGCUUUGUCUGUGCUUCCCUGGCGUGAACAACCAGUGGUCGUCGCCGUUUAACAUCGCGGAUGUCGGAACUGUACAUGUGAAAUUGGCCAAGGAGAACCAGCGACAGAGAUUAAUCAAGGUUGAUAUCAUCCUGGAGGGUGCCACGCUCUUCUUGCACUUCAACAUUGAGACUCGCAACUGGCCGUUCUCUAUGCGGAAUGAGAGUGAUUUGGAAUUCAUCUUCUACCAAGCCAAUCCAAAUGUUGAAGAUGACGAGGAUGACCGGACAAGUGGUUGGCGGCCGAUCCGGUAUCGCCUCCCGCCUCGGAGCAUUAUGCCUUAUGCUUGGGACUACCCGGCCACGAAGAACAAGUCCCUUGUGGUGACAAGUAACGGCAAGGAACGGCACAUCAAGCUCGCCGAAAUCGGAAACUUGAUCCCCAUGAGGAUACCCCCAACGCAACACGGCGAACCCCAGAGGAUCAUCGACAUCAACAUUGUUGCCAACGGCCCGACGCAGACGCUUGUUUUGUCGAACUUCAAGCAGUCGAAGAGUAUGUACAGGCAGCAGAGGGGACAGUCCUCUCAAGCGAGCUUGAGCGCUGGUUUCGAGGUCAAGGAGUUAAACUCGGAUGUCAACUUCAAGGCUCAGCUUCGCCUUGGCGGUAUUGGUAUCUCUUUGGUCAACCAGAAUCUGAAGGAGCUCCUCUACCUCACCUUCCGCGAGAUCGACAUCAAGUACAGAGAGUCGAGGGUGUACCAGACGCUGAACACUACGAUCAAGUGGAUUCAGAUCGACAACCAACUUUAUGGAGGUAUCUUCCCCAUUCUGCUGUAUCCCAGUGUUGUUCCCAAGACUGGAAAGGAGAUGGAAGCCCACCCGAUCUUCCACGCCAUGGUUACGCGCGUGAAGGAUGACUCUUAUGGUGUUCUGUACAUUAAGUAUGCCACGGUGCUCCUGCAGCAAAUGACGCUUGAACUUGACGAGGACUUUGUUCUGGCUCUGCUUGACUUCAUCAAGGUGCCGGGUGCUUCCUGGUCCGAAGAACAAGAAGGAGCGCUUUGCGACGAAGAUCUCCGAAUUCCGGAACCGCGGCAUGAAGGUGCUGAACAGGAUGUGUACUUCGAGCUUCUGCACCUGCAGCCCAUGCAACUGGAUAUCUCGUUUAUGCGUACUGAGCGCGUGAACGUCGAAGAUACGAUGCAGCCAUCCAACCCGUUGAUGUUCUUUGUCAACGUCAUGACCAUGUCUAUUGGUAACAUCAAUGACGCUCCUGUUCGACUGAACGCUUUGAUGCUGGAGAAUGCCCGUGUUUCUUUUGGUGUCCUUGCCAGCAAUAUCCAGAGGCACUACGCCCAGGAGUUCCUUCGUCAAGUUCAUAUUGUUCUUGGGUCUGCAGAUUUCCUCGGAAACCCCGUUGGUCUGUUCAACAACGUCAGCUCUGGUGUUGCUGCUAUCUUCUACGAGCCAUACCAGGGUCUCGUCAUGACGGACAGGCCUCAGGAACUGGGUUACGGAAUUGCCAAGGGAGCCACGAGCUUUGUCAAGAAAUCCGUUUUUGGUUUCUCCGAUAGUAUGGCCAAGUUCACUGGAAGUAUGUCCAAGGGUCUUGCGGCUGCCACUUUGGACAAGGAAUUCCAAGACCAGCGUCGGAUGUCGAAAUCUCGAAAUCGCCCGAAGCAUGCGCUGUACGGUAUCACUGCUGGUGGAAAUGCGUUUGCCAACAGUUUGGCGAGUGGUAUCGGAGGACUUGCGCGUCAUCCGCUCCAAGGUGCUGAGAAGGAAGGACUGCAGGGAUUCUUCAAGGGUGUUGGAAAGGGUGUGCUUGGUUUGGCUACUAAGCCUGCCAUUGGUGCUUUUGAUCUUGCCUCAAACCUUGCUGAGGGUGUUCGGAACACAACUACCGUGUUUGACGCGGAAGGUCUGGACCGUGUUCGUCUGACCCGUUUCAUCGGAACAGAGGGCAUUGUACGACCAUACUCUCAGCGCGAAGCACUGGGUCAGUUCUGGCUCAAGACCACCGAUGACGGCAAAUAUUUCAACCAGGACUACAUCGCGCAUCUGGAGCUUCCGGGUAGAGAUAUACUGGUCAUGUUGACCUAUGACCGGAUCAUGCUCGUCCGCACCAAGCGACUCCGGAGCGAAUGGGAUAUUCGAUUGACGGACAUUCAAACAAUCUCGAAGGAGCGGACUGGAAUGAGUAUCACACUUAAGGGAGGUGCCAAUGGCCCGUUCAUUCCGGUGCAGGAUGAGAGUUCGAGGAAUUGGUUGUAUAGGCAGAUUGGAAUUGCGGUGAAUGCGUUCAAUGAACGAUACAACACGAGGGGUUGA